AUGCCAAGAGAGCUCCCCCACGCAGAUGCCCCAUCUACUCCGCGUUGCCAGCCGAUGACGCCUGUGCAGCGCAAGCUCAUCUCUGGGAUUGUGCCCGUACUUGAGCAGCAUGGCAACGAGAUCACAACCCUUAUGUACAAGCGUAUGCUCGCCGAAACUCCCCUGCUCAUGAACCUCUUCAGCCAAAGCAAGCAGGACCGUGGCCAUCAACCCGAAGCCCUGGCACACGCACUCCUAGCGUACGCUUCUCAUAUCGAAGACCUCACCCCCAUCCUGUCUUUCGUCGAGCGCAUUGCGCACAAGCACGCGUCCAUCCACAUCGAGCCUGCUCAGUACGAAAUCGUCGCAAAAUACCUCACGGACGCGAUCAUCCAGGUGGUUGGCGCGGACGUCGUCAAGGGUGAGCUCGCGGAGGCGUGGAUACAUGCUUACUGGAACUUGGCAUACAUAUUCAUCGACCGCGAGCGCGAGCUGUAUGAGGGAGCCGGCUGGGUUGGCUGGCGCGAGUUCAUCGAAAGCGACGAAAUCAUGAGCUUCUACUUCAAGCCGAAGGAUGGCAAGCCCCUCGAGCCCUUCCGCCCUGGGCAGUACAUCUCCGUGCAGCGCUACGUACCGAAGCUUGGUAUAAUCCAGAACAGACAAUACUCCCUCUCCGACGCCCAUAAUCCCGAUUACUACCGCAUCUCCGUCAAGCGCGAGGACGGUAUUCCUACAAACCUCUCCGACUCCUCGCAGCUGUCGCAUCCCGGGUGGAUCUCGAACAUCCUACACGAGACGCUCAACGAGAGUGACACCGUAGAGCUCGCUUACCCCUUCGGCGAAUUCUUUCUCGACGCCUCCUCCUCCCCCGUCGUCCUCCUCUCCGCCGGGAUCGGCCUUACGCCCCUGCUCUCCAUGCUCAACACACUCGUCAAGGCAGAGGCCACCCGGCGCCACGUGUCCUGGGUGCAGGCCGUGCGAAACGGCAGCCUGCAUCCGUUUAAGGAGUACGUCGCGUCCGUGGCCAGGAAGCACCCUGACCAGGUCAAGACAACGAUAUUUUACUCCAAUCCGCAGGAGAAUGACGUGCAGGGCACGGACUACGACGUCCGCGCACGGCUGGACCUCAACGAGGUUGACCGCCCGACCCUGCGACUCGACGAUCGAACCACGCAGUAUUACGUGUGCGGGCCGGGACAGUUCAUGGCGGACAUGUUCGAGGCGUUGAAAGCGCGGGGUGUUGAGCCGAACAGGCUACACGCCGAGGUGUUUGGUCCUGGGGCGACGCCUCAGUAG